AUGAGCUUGGAUGAAGCUCGGAGACAUGCCCUCGGUCAUCGCCUGGAGAUGGUGUUCUUUUGCCUGAGUGGGGCAAGUUUCAUGCUUCUUCUGCCCAACGUCAGUGCGCAUCAUCCGCCAUGGAACGGGUGCUAUCAGCGUCUCGGAGAUGGAGGUCAAGGCCUCCAGCGACUCUUAGCCGCUGCCGGUCACUGUGCCCGCAAAGACUUCUCGGGGCUAUGGUGCUUACAACAGACCCCCAAAAGCCAGAUGAAGCCCCCUCAGCUCGACUUCAAAGCGAUCGUAUAA